UAUAAAUGCCUGCAUUGAUGCACAAUAGACUGGAUGACUUUGGAGCUGUCUGAUGCUUGUAAUGUGUGUGUUCAUGAGAAAUCUCUGGUUUGACUCAGUGCAGAAAUGUUACAUAUUUCAACUGCAGCAUUAUUGCUCUUUGGGACAGGGUUUCUCCAAGUAACGUUUUCUACAGCAAGCACACAGGCUCAUCCAGGACAAAGUGUCACUAUGUGGUGUGCACAUGAUAUCCAUGUUUCUGGAGACCUGUCCUGGUUCAAACAAACUGACGGUGAUGUACCAAUUACUAUUGUGCGCAUGUUAUACACUGAAAGCCUUCAGAAGGUAGAGCCAAAUUAUUUCAAUGGUUUUACAAAACAGCACCUGGUCAUGAAUUUGUUCAGCAAAAGCACGACCCUAACAAUUAAGUAUGCAAGUAUUUCUGAUUCUGGCUUCUAUUUUUGUGGAGCUACGGGAUAUCGCAUGAAAUUUGGCAAUGGAACUAGGCUUGAAGUAAAAGACAGUAAAUGCCACAGUGACUCUUCAACUAUUUUUAACCAUUCAGAAAAGAAUGUCAUAUCAGAGAAAAAUGACACAAGAACCUCAAAAAAGGAUAAUGAGAAAUCGCCCGUGUCUAGUACUAAGGAGUGUUCUAGAGACAUCUUUUUCACACUGACGCUCCUAUUUGGUUGCAUCAUUGUUUUUGCAUGUAUUAUUCCUCUAAUUAUGGCUAUUAUCAAGGAACACAAAAGGCAGAAGAUUAAAAAAGUGGUAGUCGCUGAAUGUCAAACACAACAGCACGAUGACAAGGAAAAUGAUUCCGUAGAAUAUGCUGCGGUGCAUUUCAAAAACAAGAGACCCAAAACAGCAGGAAGACAAGCCGAGUACUCAACUGCUCUGUACACGGACACUACUUGAAACAUAAAACAACCUCAAACACCUAUUAACACCUGAAUAAUAUCACAGUUUAUUUUUUAGAUAUUGGAGGUCAAGUGGUUAGGCAGAAAGCUGGGGAUCCUUCUGAGUAUCACAUGUCUCAUGCCUGGGCCUUCAGAGAAUUAAAAUCAGGAUAAAAUCAAGUUUAGCAAUUUGUGAGCCAGGUAAAAUGUAUCAUGUCUCUAAUAUAAUUUAGAAAUGAUCAAUUAAAGACAUAUAAGUGUCAAAGAUGCUUUUUAGUUAUUUGUAAAGUUGCUUUGGAAAAAUGUAUUCUCAAAAGUGCUAUGGGGAAACUACAUGGGCAGCUAAAGCAGGAAACAAAACAUCAAAUUCAUCUAAAUACAUCUGAUCAAUAAUGAUACUUCUUGUUUUGAACUGGCAAUAUAUGAGCUGUGGAGUUGCUUUUUGAUUGACAGGUUUGUCAUAGUUUGAAUAUUUGCAUAAGCCACACCCCCUCAUAUAAAUAAAGCACAUCGAUUUCCUCAUCUUAAUUUCCUCAUCGGUUCUAGUCUAAUUCAGUACAGUGAUGGUUCAUUUAAUAAUUUCAGCGCUGUUGAUCUGUGGCAUGGGUAAGCAUUACUGCACUAUAAUUGUUUUAAUCAUGCAAGAUAGGAAUUAUUAAUUCAAUAUUAUUUAGCAAACAUUAGGUGUGAACUUUAAAAGGAGUGUUUUUGGGACAGUAUUUUCUUGUAUGUAAUAUGCAUUUCUUAUAUGUUAAAUUAAAUAAAAUAAAAAUAUUUGUUAUUCCUC